AUGAAAAGAAUACCACAAUCACUACUAGAUAAACUAAGACCAUCGAGCGCUGAAUCAGAGUUACCACACUUAUACUAUAAUCCUGAAGAUCAUAAAUUAGGUGAGCCGCUUCGACCAAUAGUAAGCGGAAUAAAAUCUCCAUUAGUAAAAAUAGCUAGUUUUCUUGAUAAGAUUAAUCGACCACUAUUCAAUAAACAUACCCCCUUAGUACUUCUAAAACAUUUGAAAGAAUAUAAAACAACAUCAGAAACAAAUCUUUACACAUUCGAUAUAACGGAUCUUUACACAAUGAUUCCACAGAAAGAAGCGGUGUUAGCAGUAUGCGAAUUUUUAGGUAGAAAUGGAUGUCGAAAGAUAGGAAAUUUAUCAAUAAACACAAUAAAAUCAUUAUUUUUACAUGUAUUAGAAAAUUCCUACUUUGUACUUCAACAGCCAGCAGAACAACCUAAAUAUUAUAAACAAAUUAGAGGCGGAGUCAUGGGCUCAGCAUGUACACAAGUACUUGCUGACAUAUACGUUAAAAAAUGGGAGAAUAUCUUAGUAAAAGAACAACACAGACAAAAAGAAUUAUAUUUUCGAUUCAGAGACGAUGUCUUUCUAACAAGGAAACAACCACUAGAAAAAAUGAAUAAUAUUUUUGAAGAAUUAAACAAAUCUGAUCCAAAUUUAAAAAUACAAUGGGAAGGAGGAAAAUCAGUCGAUUACCUAGACGUAACAAUAAGAAUCGAGAUUCCAAAUUUUAGAACAAGAAUAUAUUGUAAAUUAGCAGCACAACCCUAUGUAUUGCCUUAUCACUCAGUACAUCCGAAGCACAUCAUGAGAAAUAUUCCAUAUGGUGCAGCAUUACGAGCGGCAUGA